AUGGAAGAUGGUUCCAUUCCUGAAUUUGACUUUUCGGACAUUAUAAAGUCUAAUGACGCUGCCAAGAGUUCGAACCCAUCAAAUGAUGAAUCUUCACAAAUCAGAGAAAGACACACUCCAAAUGCACCAUUUUUCACACCGGAGAACAGAAGCGCCAUCAAGAAACGAAAACGGGAUCCACAAUUUGUUCAUUUGUUGAAAAAAGUCAGCAUUCAAACAACUUUACUUUCUGUCGUACUGCCACUAUUUUCGUUGUUCAAGCUGAUCAUCAGCAGACCUGAGUGCAACAACACACUACUCAAAUGUCUGGCGGUAUAUAUGCUGAUUUCACAAGUCAGUCUAGGUGCUGGUUACCAUCGUUUCUUCACACAUACAUCAUUUCAAUGCGAUCUGAGAGUCCAGUCCAUAUUCGCAAUUUUAGGCGGAUCCUGUGGAUUAGGCUCAAUACUGGAUUUUUCAAGUCAACAUCUCGCUCAUCAUCGGUACAUAGACACUGAAAGAGAUCCGCUUGCUAAUGCAGUGCAUGGCUCGCUAUUCGCUAUUUGGGGACACAAACUUUUCAAGGGAAACAGAAAGUCUGCCAGAGCCGUGCAAGACUGUAGGGCCACUAUAGAAUCAUCUGCUCGCACAAGCUCUAGCGAAAAAAGAAAGAGUUUUGUCACCACACCAAGCUUUGCACUUUUGCGCUGGCAGCAUGAAAACUAUGGUGAGAUUUUAGUGCUUACUCUGAUACUCAUACCAUGCAUUUUAUCCAAAUUUUGUGGCUUGCCUUAUUUUAGUGGGAUUUUUUAUCUAGGAUUGGUGAGAAUGUCCUUGAUUCAGCAACAGUGGUUGAUCAUUGGCGCUUUUUGUCACACAAAACACUUUCCUCUUUCAAAACAGCCAUUUGACGAUUCCAGGACAGCUAUAAAUCUGCCAUUCAGUUUUCUGGCAGAUCUGCUCACCUUUGGUGAAUCCAAUCACAACUUCCACCACGAAUUUCCCGGUGACUAUAGAAAUGGCCUAGGAAAACUCCGGUGGGACCCUUGCAGGCUAGCCAUUCUUGUCUUGUAUUACCUCGGUUUUGCAGGUAAUCUCCACUACACCUCUCAAGAACAGAUAGACAAGUGUUUACUACAGCAGCAACAAAAGCUUCUGGAUGAAGAAAGAGCCAAACUACAGUGGGGGAUUCCUUUGGACAAGUUGCCAAUCAUUCAACCUGAAAAAUUCGUAUUACUGGCAAAGCACGAGUUUGAAACCAAAAGGCGAGCACUUGUGGCCAUCGAGGAUGUUGUCCACGACGUGACACCUUUUAUCAAUGAUCAUCCUGGUGGGGUGGCACUUGUUGAAGCUAGUGUGGGUAAGGAUGCCACACAGGCUUUUAAUGGUGCCGUUUACUUACAUACCCAGGCUGCUAGAAACCUUCUCAGCACAAUGAGAAUUGCGGUGCUUGGGCGCAGUCGGAUGGGUGUCGAACGAACCGUAUGGGAAAAGCACCUUCUUGAGAGUAACAAUUUGAAAAGCGACUCCAAAGGACGCGAGAUUGUUAGAAAUAAGCAGCAGGUCACAUUCACAAAUAAAAAUCAUUACGCUGCGGGGGCCGCAUGA